CCCGCUGAUUAGCGCCUAGGUCUUGACCACGCAAGUGCUGCAACGCGUCUUCUUGGAACUUCCCACCACCACGCAAUUCUACUCAUGCCGACGUCUCUAUUCAUUCCAAUUCUCCUUGCGGGGAUGAUACUCACAGGGUCGAGCAACUCUCUAUGGUCUAAAUGGCAGGAUAUGCAAUGUGUUGAGGAUUGCGACACGAAUCACCCGGUUCUCUACGAGCAACCGGUUUGGCAGACUCUGCAGAUGUUCCUCGGAGAGAUGCUGUGCUUUCUGCCCGUUAUUUACACGUGGAUUCAAUCUAGACGUCAACCGGCCAUCCAUCUGUCUGAAGAAGAUGCAUCGCUCGCUCCCAACAACAAAGUCAAUGGGGAACCCGAACCGGAACAACUCAAGGGAUGGCGCAUUUUACUACUCUGGAUCCCAGCUGCAUGUGACUUGACCGGCACGACCUUGAUGAACAUCGGUCUACUUUACACCCCCGUCUCCAUCUAUCAAAUGUCCCGUGGCUCGCUAGUUCUAUUUGUGGGAGUGUUGUCUGUGAUCUUCUUGCAUCGACGUCUGUGGGCGUACCAAUGGGUCAGCUUGUUCGUCGUCAUCACCGGGGUCUGUGCCGUGGGGUACUCGGGAUCUCUCAUCAAGGACGCCGUCAAGGAAAGCCUUGCGCUCGUCCGCACGUUUGUUACUUCCGGAGACUUGCCGGAGUUGCCGCCUCCAGAGGGAACGGACCCAGCGCCCGAGGCCGCUCAAGUUGUCCUAGGUGUCUUCUUCAUCUUGGUUGCACAGAUCUUCACGGCAACUCAAUUUGUUGUCGAGGAGAAGAUCAUGGGCAAAUAUGCUGUCGGGCCUCUGGUUGCUGUUGGUUUCGAAGGUCUCUUCGGUGCUCUCACUAUCCUGCUCUUUUUCCCUAUCCUCUCCAUUCCCGCUGUUGCGUCACAGUCACCCUUCUUUGAUCUGGCUCGGGGAUGGCGUCAGAUGAUCAACACUCCCACGGUCCUCUACUCUGGGAUGGUCAUUGCCGUCAGCAUCUCACUAUACAAUUUCUUUGGUCUUUCGGUCACUCGUCACGUGAGUGCAACCGCCCGGUCUUUGGCUGACACUUGCAGGACGCUGUCCAUCUGGAUCGUCAGUCUCAUGCUUGGUUGGGAGAAACUGGUCUUUCCGGUCUCGUUGCUCCAAAUUCUCGGAUUUUCGCUGCUAGUGUGAGUGAAACUUUGUGUUCAACAACCUCAUCCAACCUCCCAAGUUCUUGCGUCCCGCGAUCGUGACGGUCACCGAUGUGGAGGAGUCCGAAGGGCUUCUGGCCAGCGGUGUUGAUGAGACUGCGAUUCUGCCCGUCGAUCUCGGGCAGAGUGGUUUCGAUGUGUUGCCUGAGGGCCAGCACAUCGCAAAGCCAAGCAGUUCAUAAUAGACGCAUUUUGUAUCUGCCCCGAAUCUCGACUUGCUCCUCACUGUAACAUGGGUGAAAGAACAGUAAUAAUGUUAGGUUCUUGAUCAAUUGGAUGUUUUUGAUGUGCCCGAAGAGCGUGAAAUCCGGAAUCGUUCGUACGUACGCCUUCCACGAGUGUGGUGUCAGCCGCCGUGGAACACGUCAGUGUGUUUGUGUGCUACGUGCGAUCAUCUGCGACUUCAGGGGUUGCAUUAGCAUGAGCAAUCAUUUUCAUGUAACCAGUAUAGGCUUGCUUGCUCUCUGCGCAUCAUGAACGUACAACGACUGACCGCCCUACCCUCCCUUGAGACCGUCGAGCACCUCAUCAAUGUGGAGAAACUGGGGAAUUGCGUCCCUGUCUAUGUAGAGUUGCCUGCGGACUUGCUGACACCAUGCAUGGCCUAUCUCCGUGUGGCCAAGGAUUCGAAAUACAGUUUCUUGCUGGAAUCCGUGGUGAAUGGCGAGAACGUCGCUCGAUACAGUUUCAUUGGCGCAGACCCCUUCAAAGUGAUCAAGACUGGUCCCGGCGAAGAGCACACGGGCGAUCCGAUGCAUAUUCUGCAAAAGGAACUCGCCCUGCACAAAUAUAUCAAGAUCCCCGAAGUGCCAACCUUCACGGGUGGGGCGAUCGGUUAUGUGUCCUACGAUUGCAUCCAGCACUUCGAACCCAAAACUGCCUGCCAGCUUGAUGACUCAUUGAACAUCCCCGAAUCCGUCUUCAUGCUCGUCGACACACUUGUCAUCUACGACCAUUUGUUUCAAAAGAUAAAAGUGGUGUCUCACGUCUUCUGCCCCAAGAACGCUGGCACCGUCAACCUAGCGUUCGUGUACCAGACCGCUGUCUCCAAGGCGCGAAGACUUGCAAAAAGUCUCUUCGUGAACUCUACUCCUGAGCCGCUGCAACCGCCCAUCACGCUUGGCCACGAGGCCGUGUCUAAUGUCGGAAAGGAGGGUUACGAAGGCUUUGUCACAGCAUUGAAGAAACACAUCAUUGCAGGGGAUAUCAUCCAGGCCGUCCCCUCACAGCGAUUAGCACGGCAGACCUCGUUGCAUCCUUUCAAUGCGUAUAGACAUCUGCGACAGAUCAACCCCAGUCCUUACAUGUUCUAUCUGGAUUGCGGCGGGACACAGAUCGUGGGCGCCAGUCCGGAAACAUUGUGCAAGGUGGCAAACAAUGUUGUUUUCAACCACGCGAUCGCUGGGACAACGAGGAGAGGCAAAACCGCUGAGGAAGAUGAAAGACUUAGUGCUGAACUAGCCAACUCGGAAAAGGACCGAGCAGAGCAUAUCAUGCUCGUGGAUCUCGCUCGCAACGACGUGAACCGAGUCUGCCAGCCGAAGACAGUCAAGGUCGACCAUCUUAUGCGAGUAGAAAAAUUCAGUCACGUAAUACACUUGACGUCGCAAGUUUCUGGGGUUCUUCGCCCAGACCAGACCAGAUUUGACGCUUUCCGAUCAAUCUUCCCUGCUGGGACCGUAUCAGGAGCCCCCAAGAUCAAGGCGAUUGAAAUUGUUUCGUCCCUGGAAAAGCAACGGAGAGGUGUCUAUGCCGGAGCAGUCGGACGGUUCGACUUUGCCGAGGAUGAAAUGGACACGUGCAUCGCCAUUCGCACCAUGACCUUCAAAGACGGAGUUGCGUAUCUCCAGGCUGGGGGCGGCAUCGUCUUUGACAGCGUCGAGGAGGACGAGUACACCGAAACCAUCAACAAAUUGCAAGGGAACGUACGCGCUCUGGAGGCGGCUGAACGCUACUGGUCCGACGUACAGACGGCGCCCACUCGAACUCGAUAAUUAGGAAAACGUAUCAUGCACUUUUGUUUUCAGUAUUAUAACCAAACUGCUCCCCCAUUGCUUCACCCGUCACGUCGAAUCCCUCUCCAUCGGCGAGCCGCUGUGCGGCGUCCCUCUCCUUCUGAGCCUCUUCUUCCACCCCAUCCAACAAUUUUUCGCUGUCUCUGAGCUCGUCCUCGAGUCUCAGUGCCAAGCCCUCACGACCUGCAAUGCUCAGGAUGCCCGCUAUGAUCUCUGCAGCUUGAGGACUCUCGUCAUUCGCAGGGAUUGGAUAUGUCACGAUGCGCGGAUCGGCAUUCGAGUCGAUGAUGGCAAUGGUCGGGAUGUUGACAAGCGUGCACUCGCGAAUGCACGUCAUGUUGGAGAGAGGGUUCAGGAGAAUUACCAGAUCCGGUCUUCCUUUGAUAGCUUGAACAACCUCUGGACCGUACAGUUCGGCCGUGUUGGUCAAGGUCCCCGGUAUCCAGCGCCCGCUGAUGUAAUAGCCCUGUGCACCGACACGCGCUGCGGCGGAUUUCACGAUUGGUCGCAGGUCCGGUCGCGUGCCGAUGAAAAGAAUUUGUCCCCCGGCGAAUGUCACAGCGCGGACCAGGUUUGCAGCUCGACGAAGAAGAGGAACUGUGUGGUCCAGGUCAAUUAUAGUCGACUUCGCCCUCUCUCCGUACGCGUAAGGCAUAAAAUUGGGGUUCAUGCGGGAUGUUGCAUGUCCGAAGUGGGCGCCGGCUGCGAGCAAAGAUGAAACGGUCGCGUUUGGCACUGGACGUCGUGUGUAGUCCCGGAGUUUGAAAGCGUUUUCUUGCCUUCGGUUCGAGCCAUAGUCAGAGAAAAUGUCGACUGGAACAGUGCAUUAGACCAAGCAGACAUGAACAGUGCGAUGGAUUCACUCAGAGUUCCGACCGCGGCACGUUUGAUUUGUAGUUCGCUCCAGUCUUCGAAUGAGCGGAGAGGUCGGUCUCCAAGUUCGGGCUUGUCGCUAUAAGACCGUACUCGCUUGGGAGCAGGCAAUGGCCUUCUCAGAACGUUGCUUGCGCUUGCUAGCGGUUUGCGACAUAAAGACAUGAGUUUACUUCGAAUCCGAAAACGUUGACAAACAGGACACCGCCACCUAUCACCCAACUUUUUUUUCCAUCCACCACUUUCCUCUCCCCCCUCCUCCCAAAAGCCAUGGACGACGUCUUCGAAGGUGCUGUCGGUAUCGAUCUCGGAACCACAUACUCAUGUGUCGGUGUCUGGCAAAACGACCGUGUCGAGAUCAUCGCCAACGACCAGGGAAACCGGACCACUCCUUCCUACGUUGCCUUUUCCGCCGAGGAGCGCUUGAUCGGUGAUGCCGCGAAGAAUCAGGCUGCGAUGAACCCCCGCAACACUGUGUUCGAUGCUAAGCGUCUCAUCGGUCGCCGUUUCGACGACCCGGAUGUCAAAAAGGACAUGGUCCACUGGCCUUUCGAAGUUGUUGAGAAGGAUGGAUCUCCGUUGAUCAAGGUCCAAUAUCUUGGCGAGGACAAGACCUUCAGCCCGCAGGAAAUCUCCUCCAUGGUCCUUACCAAGAUGAAGGAGAUUUGCGAGGCAAAACUCGGCAAGACUGUUAAAAAAGCCGUUGUCACCGUUCCCGCGUACUUCAACGACUCGCAGCGUCUGGCAACUAAGGACGCCGGCGCCAUCUCUGGGCUGGAUGUCCUUCGCAUUAUCAACGAGCCCACCGCAGCUGCCAUUGCCUAUGGUCUCGACCGUCAAUCCAAGGCCGAGAAGAACGUCCUCAUCUUCGAUCUCGGAGGAGGCACGUUCGAUGUGUCCUUGUUGAACAUCAGCGGUGGUGUCUUCGCCGUCAAGGCCACGGCUGGUAACACCCAUCUUGGCGGUGAAGACUUCGACAACGCUUUGCUCGAUCACUUCAAGAACGAGUUCAAGCGCAAAUCCAAGCUUGAUAUUUCUGAUGACGCUCGUGCUCUCAGGCGUCUGAGGAGCGCCUGUGAACGUGCUAAGCGCACGCUGUCCAGUGUCGCCCAGACCACAGUGGAAGUGGACUCGUUGUAUCAGGGCGAAGACUUCUCGGCCAACAUCACUCGUGCCCGUUUCGAGGAGAUCAACGCCGUCCUAUUCAAAUCCACUCUCGACCCGGUCGAGAAGGUCCUGAAGGAUGCCAAGAUGGCCCGGGAGAAGGUCGAUGAAAUCGUUUUGGUCGGGGGCUCCACACGUAUCCCCAAGAUCCAGGCUCUUGUGUCUGAAUUCUUCGGUGGCCGCCAGCUCAACAAGUCCAUCAACCCUGAUGAGGCUGUCGCCUACGGUGCUGCUGUCCAGGCUGCCGUUCUUACUGGCCAGACCUCCGAGCAGACCAAGGAUCUCCUCCUGCUCGAUGUUGCUCCCUUGUCCCUCGGUGUCGCCAUGCAGGGCGACGUGUUCGGUGUCGUCGUUCCCCGAAACACACCCAUCCCCACGAACAAGUCGCGGGUCUUCACCACCGUCGAGGACAACCAGACGACCGUUACCUUCCCUGUGUACGAGGGAGAACGCACGCAGUGCCGUGACAACCGUCUGCUCGGCGAGUUCGAGCUCAACGGCAUUCCUCCCAUGCUCCGUGGACAGGCUGAGCUUGUUACCACCUUUGAGGUUGACGCCAACGGUCUGCUGAAGGUCUCUGCCAUGGACCGUGCAUCGGGCCGCAAAGCCUCCAUCAGCAUCACCAACUCUGUCGGCCGUCUCUCGUCUGCCGAGAUCGACCAGAUGAUCAAGGAUGCCGAACAAUUCAAGAACGCCGACAAGGAGUUCUCUGCCCGUCACGAGGCGAAGUCGGACCUCGAAGCUUACAUUCACCAAGUCGAAGGCACCAUCACAUCACCGGAGAUCGGCAUGAAGCUCAAACGUGGAGCCAAGGCCCAGGUUGAAGCUGAACUUGCACGGGCAAUGGAGAAGUUGGAGAUCGAGGACUCAACGGCAGAUGAAUUGAAGAAGGCUCAGCUCGGCAUCAAGCGAGCACUCCAAAAAGCCACGGCUGGAAUACGGUGAUCGUGCAGAUGUACAUAGACUUAUUCUCAUGUUGUACUUACUGUGCCGCACUACCAUUUUUGUUUCCCUGCA